CAAGCAAUUACAUUUGUCUCUGCUCAAGGCAAAACAGCAGAGAAGUUCAGUCAUGCAAGGCCCUAGCACCAAGUCCUUCAGGCAAGCGUUCCUCGAGAACCUCCUUGUAAGUCUCCAGCUACAGCAGGAGCACACGAGCAAACAUGAUUCGUCAUCCGUCGGCGCCGCCAUGAGCCUUCAUGAGAGGAAGCUCGCUGUCAAGUCCUCUGCCGAUGUCGCAAUGGCGGCUGCCCGUGGCGCCGGCGCGAGGUGGACUAGAGCCAUCUUGGCUCCGGCGUCCAGUGCGUGCAAGGUGCAGAGGUGCAGGAGGAUCGUCAUCAGGUGCCGCGGCCGAAAGAGGACCUUGACGACGAGGUCAGCUCCUGCUAGCGGCGGCGGGGCUAGUAAUGAGGUUGCGAGGAGGCUGGUGAGGAGGAGGACCAUGGCGCUGAGGGAGGUGAUACCGGGAGGCCGGGACGCCGCCGUCGACGAGGCCACCCUGCUACGCGAGGCCAUGGACUACGUCGUCCACCUGCGCGCUCAGGUCGACGUGCUCCGCCAGGUGUCGGAAGCCGUGCAAAGAUCCGGCUCCAGUAUCCUACAGUGAUUCGUUGUCUCCUUGCGUACGUCAAGAAAAAGGGAAACAUAAUUAGUUAGUGAUUCAAUGUCUUCAGACG